AGAAAUCUGACAUUUAGAGUCAUAGAUUAUUAGCAGUUUCAUGGACUGAUUAUUUAUUUUGCAAAACAAAAAUACUCAGUUGAAUUUUAUGUACCUAUAUAUUUUGAUAUCAAGAGUAUUAAUUGGAAUACAAUGGACAAACAUAACAGUUCAGAGUUGUUAAAUUCUGAUUUUCCACUAUCUAAGAAUGCUAGUUCCGAUUCACUGGAUUCUGAUUCUAAAUCGAGUUCAUUGAAUUCCAAACACGGACAGGAUUCCAGUCAUGUAUUGGGAGAUAUACAAUUAUUGGAUGGAGAGAAGGUUAUGGGUGUUGCCAGAGAUGUUACAUACCUUUGCCCAUAUAGUGGGCCAUCACGAGGUGUUUUAAAAGUAACAAACUAUCAGAUACAUUUUCGACCUACAGAAGCUACUUCUUUUCAGACUACCUUAAGUGUUCCUCUUGGGGUUGUUUCCCGAAUUGAAAAAGUUGGCGGAGCAUCAUCAAAAGGUGAAAACUCAUAUGGCAUUGAAGUGUUUUGUAAGGAUAUGCGCAACCUGAGGUUUGCUCACAAACAAGAGAAUCAUUCUCGGAGAGGUAUAUUUGAGAAAUUGCAACAAUUAGCCUUCCCAUUGUCACACAGGCUGCCGAUGUUCGCAUUCAGUUAUUCAGAAAGUUUUCCAGAAGAUGGAUGGAAUGUUUAUGAACCUAUUGCUGAGCUCAGACGUAUGGGUGUCAACAAUGAUAUGUGGCGCAUAACACGCAUCAAUGACAAGUAUGAGAUAUGUGAUAGCUAUCCGUCAGUGUGGGCAGUUCCCGCUGCUGCUAAUGAUGAUCUUUUGAGGUCUGUGGCAGCGUUCAGAUCCAGGGGUCGCAUACCAGUUCUGGCAUGGAUACAUCCCAGCUCCCAGGCCACCAUAACCAGAUGUAGUCAACCUUUAGUUGGGGUAAGCGGUAAGCGUAGCCGUGAAGACGAGCGUUAUAUACAACUGAUAAUGGACGCCAAUGCUCAGGCUCACAAGCUGUUCAUCAUGGAUGCAAGACCCAGCGCUAACGCUAUCGCCAACAAGGCUAAAGGCGGCGGCUAUGAAUCUGAAGAUGCAUAUCAGAAUGCAGAGUUGGUAUUCCUUGACAUCCACAACAUUCAUGUGAUGAGGGAAAGUUUGAGGAAACUCAAAGAGCUUUGCUUCCCUCAAAUAGAUCAGACGAGAUGGUUCAGUGGUAUAGAGGCUAGCUGUUGGUUGAAGCACAUAAAAUGCAUUUUGGCUGGAGCUGUCAGAAUUGUUGAUAAGGUGGAGAAUCAUAAGACAUCAGUACUGGUUCAUUGUUCGGACGGCUGGGACAGAACAGCUCAGCUCACAGCACUGGCCAUGCUUAUGCUGGAUCCAUACUAUCGCACCCUACGAGGCUUCCAAGUUCUUAUAGAAAAGGAGUGGCUGUCUUUCGGACAUAAGUUCCAACUUCGUAUAGGUCACGGCGACGAGCGUCACUCGGACGCGGACCGGUCGCCCGUGUUCGUGCAGUGGGUGGACUGCGUGUGGCAGCUACAGCAGCAGUUCCCUACAGCCUUCGAGUUCACCGAGCGUCUGCUGAUCACGGUGGUUGACCACCUGUACUCGUGUCGCUUCGGCACGUUCCUAUUUAAUACUGAACGGGAGAGAGUCAAGGAAGAAUUAAAAACCAAAACGACGUCACUCUGGUCAUAUAUAAACAGCAGGCAGAAUUUGUACCUCAAUCCAUUGUACUGGGGUCCAUCAUCGUUCACCAACUCCCCACCAUCACAACACACGAGACCACAGAUGGUGCUGGUACCGGUCGCCUCACUGAGGAUCAUCAAGCUCUGGAAGGCUUUAUACUGCAGAUGGAACCCCACUAUGAGACAGCAGGAUCCGAUAUAUCAACGUACACGUGAGCUGGUGGCGCUUCGUGCUCAGUUGGAGGCAGCGGCGGCGGCCGCGGCCGGGGACCACGCGGCCAGACAACACCGCCUGGGUCUGACCCCGCCCAGGGUCGCCAGCCCGCAUCACGUUUGACCACACUCUAUAGAAGAAUAUCACAAUGUAGAUUCCAACUUUAAAUAGAAGCCGUAAGCGAAUCCUGACGUCAGUUUUUUUAUUAUUUAAUAAUAUAGUUAUUAUGUAUAGAACAAGGAAACGCCUCCAUGAUAAAAAAAUGUUAUAAAUAUAUACAUUUGAGUUUUUUUUUAAAUGUGUGUAAUCUAAAAAUAUGUAAACUCAAAAAAAUAUUUCCAACUAAGUAUUAUUUUAGACGUUGCAUUUAGUCAUUGUAUUGUUUGUCUGUACAGAUGAUUUUUCAAUGUGUAAUUAUAAGUCGUGUAAGUUAUUUUUUUAUAUAUACAAAAUCAAUAUAUGAUUGCAAAGACUGUUUCUUGUUUACAAUUAUAAAGAAUGUUUAUACAGAUUAAAAAGGAGUUUUAAUGAAAAAAAAUAUUCCGUUUGUUUUUAGAAACUAUUUUAUUUUUCUCAAUAAUGUGGUGUGAAAAAUUAAUUUGCUUGUAUUAACACGUUUCUAAUAACAGUAUUAGGGAAUGAUAAUUUUCGACUGGUAUUAUCGACAAUUCCUAGAGGCUAGUUCCCUUUGUGUAUCUUAAGCUUAUCAGAGAUAGUUUUGGCAAAAAAAAAUAAUGUAAAUAUGAAAAUAAACGUAUUAGAAGUGGAA